GGACUGAAUCGUAAUUUUUUAUAAUCUGGCGGGAAUGCCUUUAAGUUCUGAGUUCGUUUAAAAGGCAGUCCCGUCAUCAUUGGCAUUCUUUUUAAUCCUCUUUUAAGUACAUUUUCAAAAGUUUAAUGAAUCCCGUCAGGUGAUUGAGAUCAUGAGAGUCAUGAUAUUUCUGAUGAUUAAAUUGGCAAAAAAAUGCUAGUUGCUUUCCCUUUUCAUUAUUCUACCAAACCAUGGCACGUUCUGUUCGCCUUACCUACACCAAAAGAUACCCACCAAAGCUUCUAUUUAUUUUGCUCCUAAUAUGUGUGCCAAUUUGCAUGAUCACAAUUUACAACCAUGGUGAGAAAGUAUCCUAUUUCUUCCGUCCACUUUGGGACAAACCCCCUCCCCCCUUUAGACGUGUACCUCACUUUUAUGCUGAAAAUGUCUCAAUGGAACAUCUUUGCAAGCUCCAUGGUUGGUCCAUACGCUCACAACCUCGCCGUGUCUUUGAUGGCAUCAUUUUCAACAAUGAGCUAGACAUUCUAGAGAUCAGGUGGCGAGAGCUGGAUCCCGUUGUUACAAAAUUUGUGAUCCUUGAAUCCAACACCACUUUUACAGGCAUUCCAAAACCUCUCUACUUUUCCUUAAACCAAGCCCGGUUUGCAUUUGCUGAGAAGAAGAUUGUCCAUGGUGUACAUCCUGGUCGAAUUGCAUCUCCUGGGACAUAUGAAGACCCAUUUGCUCUUGAAGCAGACCAGCGUAGGACUAUGAAUGGAUUGCUUAUUUUUGCAGGGAUAUCCAAUGAUGACCUACUCAUAAUGUCAGAUGCAGAUGAGAUCCCAAGCCCACACACAGUGAAACUACUGCAAUGGUGUGAUGGGGUGCCACCUGUACUACACCUUGAAUUAAGGCACUACAUGUACUCAUUUGAGUUCCCUGUGGAUUACAGCAGCUGGAGGGCCACAAUGCAUGCUUAUGGCCCUGGUACCCUAUACCGGCAUUCACGCCAAACGGAUCUCAUAUUUGCUGAUGCAGGAUGGCAUUGUAGUUUUUGCUUUCGCCAACUUCAGGAAUUUGUGUUCAAGAUGACUGCUUAUAGCCAUGCAGAUAGAGUAAAGCGAAGGGAAUAUUUAGAUCCUUCUCGAAUACAGAAAAUCAUUUGUAGUGGAGAUGAUCUUUUUGAUAUGCUCCCUGAAGAGUACACCUUUCAAGAUAUAAUUAAGAAGAUGGGCUCUAUACCCCGUUCUGCUUCAGCUGUUCACCUUCCCAAAUAUUUGAUAGAGAAUGCAGGUAACUUUAGUUUUCUUCUGCCUGGGGGCUGUUUACGAGAAUGAACAUAUACUCUUCAACACCUAGAGAUGAGUAAAGAGUAUUUAGAUGUCACACACAAAUGAUAAUUACCCUUCAUCACCCUUUAAUUCUGUUACUUGGAACAUGUAGCAGUGGCACCAUUUUGGUGUUUUUAGUUUUGAUUUAUUUAAACAGUUGGAAUAGAGUUUUCAGAUUCCUUCGGCAA